AAUGUGCAGUACAGAAGCUUGGUCAUUAGACUUUGCACAGUGCUAGGUUGCAGUGUGUCACCAGAGUGCAGUGUGGGGGUGGGGGUGUGUGCGCGUAUCUGAAUUUGUGUGGCAAAGAGCUGUGACACAUGGCAGCAGAGCUUGUGUCACUAAGCUCAAUCACAGUGCAACAUUGCUAAGCCCUCAGAACAGCUGCCUCGCUGGAGAGACAGGGACGCUGCUCCUAUCACAGAGUGGGGGCUGUCUGUGUUUUGUUUUAACUGAAUACCUUUAUUUGAGAAGCCAUCCCCUCUGUGCUGAGAGAUACUGUUCAGGGAUGUGAUCACUACUGAAACAGAAGCAUGGAUGGAAAAGAAACGGCAGAAGAACCUGCAACAAGACUAAACAUGUAUGAGAAUCACCAUCCCUUCAUGAUGUUUCCGAUGGGCUGUGAUAAUUCUUCUGUGCAGGUUAACCACAUAUCUAUGAACGCUCCUGCAUCGCAGUCUGCAAUGAAUACCAUGACUGGGCAUCCAUCAGUGAUCAGUGCAUCAAUGAACCAUUCAGGGUCAUUCACAUCCCCAAUGAACACAAUAGGAUCACCUAUCAAUGGAUUAGCCUCUCCAUAUUCAGUUAUAACACCGUCCUUAGGGUCGCCGUCGGUCUCACUACCAUCCACACCUGGCAUGAACUAUGGGGCGUUAAAUAGUCCACAGAUGAACUCGAUGAACAAUGUGAGCAGUACAGAAGAUAUCAAGCCCCCUCCAGGACUUUCUGGAAUUGGAAAUCUUAGCAGCUAUCCGUGUACAAGCCCGGGAUCCAUAUCCAAACACAUAUGUGCGAUCUGUGGAGAUCGGGCCUCAGGGAAGCACUAUGGCGUGUACAGCUGUGAAGGAUGCAAAGGGUUCUUCAAGAGGACUAUCAGGAAAGACCUUACCUACACGUGUCGAGACAGCAAGGAUUGUAUAGUUGACAAGCGUCAGCGCAAUCGCUGCCAAUACUGCCGCUAUCAGAAGUGUCUGGCAAUGGGAAUGAAGAGAGAAGCUGUACAGGAGGAAAGGCAAAGAGGCAGAGAAAAGAGCGAUAAUGAGGUGGAGUCAACAAGCAGCUACAAUGAUGAAAUGCCUGUGGAUAAAAUCCUGGAUGCAGAACUUGCAGUUGAACCAAAGACAGAAAUCUAUGUGGAUGCCAGUACAGACAAUUCUUUUAAUGAUCCAGUUACCAACAUUUGCCAAGCAGCAGACAAACAGCUCUUCACUCUGGUGGAAUGGGCUAAGAGAAUCCCCCACUUCUCAGAGCUGCCUCUGGAUGACCAAGUCAUUCUUCUGAGGGCAGGUUGGAAUGAAUUGCUAAUCGCCUCAUUUUCACACCGGUCAGUAUCUGUGAAAGAUGGCAUCCUUCUUGCCACUGGUUUACAUGUGCAUCGAAGCAGUGCCCACAGUGCUGGGGUUGAAUCCAUUUUUGACAGAGUUCUCACAGAAUUAGUGUCAAAAAUGAAAGACAUGCAAAUGGAUAAAACAGAACUGGGAUGCCUUCGAGCCAUCGUUCUUUACAAUCCAGAUGCGAAGGGCCUAUCAAACCCACUGGAAGUAGAAGGACUGAGGGAAAAGGUUUAUGCAUCACUUGAGGGUUAUACGAAACAGAAAUACCCAGAGCAGCCUGGCAGGUUUGCCAAACUUCUGCUUCGACUGCCUGCACUACGAUCAAUUGGGUUGAAAUGUUUAGAGCACCUCUUCUUCUUCAAGUUGAUUGGAGACACCCCGAUAGACACUUUUCUUAUGGAAAUGCUUGAAGCACCACACCAAAUAACAUGACACCAUACCUCUUCUUUUUGUAAAUAUUUUGAUGACUAUAUAAUUGAAAAUAAAGGUUAAUUUUGGAAGCUGUAAACUACAUAUUUUGUAUCACGUCCAAGCACAAUUAUUAUUGUGAAAACUUGUAGAGGAUAAAAGUAAGCAGUCAAAAUUAGUUUAAUAGAAAUGUAAAACAAUGCUUUUUGUAAAUAGUU